CUUUGGUCUUAGUGUUUAAAAGCUGCUUUAUAAUGAGAAUGAUACAUUUGAGCAUCCAGUGCAUAUUACUCGUCUUAUUUUGUGUGCAAGAAGGAUUAUCUCAGGAAUAUUCGGAUCAUACUGGACAAAAUCUUCCAAGGAGGGGCAAACGGCAAAGCAAAGCGACCAGACCAGCGCUGAAGGUGACUGACUACCACGUCAAGUGUUCUGUGGUGUCUCGCUAUGCUGUCACCACGGUGCAGAGUUCCAUCUGGAACCAGAUGCUCAUCACCAAGGAGGCCGCCUUUGAGGUGGACCUGCCUUCCUCAGCAUUCAUCUCCAACUUCUCCAUUACGUCCAGUGGAAAGGUGUACGCAGCCCAGGUGAAGGAACGAGCUACGGCCAGGAAAAUAUACGACGCUGCAAAGAAGCAAGGAAAAACAGCAGGACUGGUCGCUACCAAAGAGCGGGAGACUGAGAAGUUUCGUGUGGCGGUGAGCGUGCCACCGGGAGCUCGGAUGUCCUUCUGCCUGACUUACGAAGACCUACUGCCUCGCCGCCUCGGCCGUUACGAGCUCAGCGUGGGUCUGAGGCCCGGCCAGCCCGUGCAGAACCUCACAUUAGACGUCAGCCUAUCAGAGCGAACGGGCAUCAGCUUCGUCAAGGUUCUUCCACUUCGGACAAGUAGACUGCUGUCCCACAACGACGCUCAAGGUGAUGCAGAACCUCCCGCAUCGACUCAGGUCGAAGAGAGCGUUGGCUGCGCUCGGGUUCGUUACAGUCCUACUCCUCAGCAGCAGAUCAGCAUUUCCCCCAAGGGUCUGAAUGCGGACUUUGUUCUUCAGUAUGAUGUAAAGCUCCCAGACCUCAUGGGUGACAUCCAAAUUUUUGAUGGCUACUUUGUGCAUUACUUUGCACCUAGAGGACUUCCUGUGGUUCCUAAGGAUGUCAUAUUUGUCCUUGAUGUCAGCGGCUCCAUGAUCGGCACCAAAAUCAAACAGACCAAGCAGGCAAUGAGCACCAUCCUUGAGGACCUUCGGGAAGGAGACCACUUUAACAUCGUCACUUUCUCAGAUAAGGUUCAGACUUGGAAUAAAGGACCCACAGUGCCGGCCACUCGGCACAAUGUGCGAGAUGCCAAAGAAUUCGUCAAGAGGAUUGUUGCUGAAGGAUGGACGAACAUAAACGCGGCUCUGCUCUCGGCCGCCCAGCUCGUCAACCCUCCGUCCUCUGGCUCCCGCCGCGUCCCCCUCGUGGUUUUCCUCACAGACGGCGAGGCCACCAUCGGAGUCACGGCGGGCGACGCUAUCCUCAGUAACGCCAAAAAGGUGCUGGGCUCCACUUCUCUCUUUGGCCUGGCCUUUGGGGACGACGCCGACUUUCUGCUCCUCAAACGUCUGGCCCUGGACAACCACGGUGUGGCUCGGAUGGUUUAUGAGGACGUGGACGCUACCUUGCAGCUAAAGGGCUUCUACGACGAAGUGGCCAGCCCCUUGUUGUCCGAUGUCCAGCUCGACUAUCUGGCCCAUCAGGCAUUUGACGUCACCCGCUCUCUCUUCCCAAACUACUUCCGAGGCUCCGAGUUGGUUGUGGCCGGAAGGCUUCCAGCAGGGCUGAAUAAUUUCAAGGUGUCCCUCUCUGCCAAUGAUUCCAAGCAACAUGUGAAGCUGGAGAAGGAGGUCCUGAUCAACAGCACUUGGCGCUCACCCGACUGCUCGGGGGCUCCUGAAGGCAUCUCUAGCUUUGUGCAUCGUCUCUGGGCGUAUUUCACCAUUAAGGAGCUGCUCCUAGCCAAACUCAACACUACAGAUGCGGUUACCCAGAAGCUUCUGUUAGACAAGGCCAGCAACCUCUCCCUGCAGUACAACUUCGUCACGCCUGUCACAUCUCUAGUUGUUGUGAAGCCCAAUACGGACCCAGUCGCUCCAACCACUGUGAGGCCUACCGUGUCCGCCACAACAACCACGUUGGUCAAAACGUCAGCUGCAAAGAGGCCCCACUCCUCUUCUAACCCAAGAACCAACAAUCUCAACCUGAGCCCUCCCAGACAGGUUAGAAAACCUUUAGUACCUCCUCCCAUCACAAAAACUGUGAAAAUAACGGCACCCUCCAGCCUGGCCACCACUCAACGUCCCCCAGUGCUCUUCUCUGGCAAAAAGCCUUCGCAGAAUAUUUUCAGAAAUGCCUCCGUGCCUCUUGUUGGGAAAAUGUCCAGCUCUCCACUCCAUUUUCCUAAGACAGCCCAGCCUCCCGGACCGAGAAACGUUUCCACGCCCUCUUUACCCACCACACUGCCGAGAGCGGCCAGCAGCAGCAGCACGCCUCCUGCUGUCCCAGAGAGAUCUUUGAUCCCCCAGCCCACUACCAGGCACACGGAACUGGAGAGCAGCAAUAUGUCUCCUGGCAUGUCACCGCCGCACCUCUUGUCUGGGUUCACCCCGCCCACUCCAGCCCCGGUCUCUGCUCCGGAUUUGGAAGGAAACGUCAGAAAGGCGGCACCCGAGAGCGACGUGAACGUUGCCACCUUGGUGGCCACCACCUUUGCACCCAUGCCUGGUGUAACAGAUGCACCCGGGCUGUGGGAGGCAGCAGGCCUUCUGGACAUCUCUACCUCCAUUCAGAUCCAGAGAAAAGAUACUUAUUUUGUGAAAGACUAUGACGCAACCUAUGACUACGAUCUCAACUAUGACAGCUGGGCUAAUACUGCAGACACGGAAUCUUUUGUGCUUGGGAGUGGAGAAUAUUGUCCUUGAGUUGAACAUCUUCUUGUGCUUUUAGAACCACCGUCCAGACUGAGCGCUGAGCACUUCUCCUCAUCAGCUGAUGGAGAUCCUCAUUUUGUGCUCCAGCUGCCAAAGCAGCAACACAACUUGUGUUUCACAGUCGAUGGCCGAGCCAAUGACGUGCUGAGGCUGGUGGAGGACCCGCACAGAGGACUGAUCGUUGAUGGCCACCUGACCGGCGCUCCCUCCAAGCGCGGCCACGAAAACCGCUCCCGAACCUAUUUCGACUGGGUGAACAUUUCGGCAGCCGUGGGCCACUCGGGCAACAUCGUGAUCACGGUCUCGUUGGACAAGGUGGCGGUCGAAGGCGAAGGGCGGGAUACGCUCAGCAUCAAUCAAACGGGAUCCGUGAUGAGGCAGGGUGUGACGAUCACUGUGGACGAACACCGGAGCUGCUGGAUCCGGCUGGCCGAGGACGUGCGCUUCCUGGUUCUCCUUCACCGCUACAAGCACCCCAUCUACCUGCAGAUGGCGCACCUUGGCUUCUACAUCACGCGUGGACGAGGGCUGUCGGCCUCCACUCGAGGUCUACUGGGCCAGUUUCAGCAUGCUGCCAUGAGCGUCGCGGCGGUGCGGGAUUAUCAUCAUCAUCAUCGUGGGGAUAACGGUGACCGAAUGUUGGCCCUUGGCGUCCUGAGGCGGGGGUCCCAGUUUAUGCCAGUCACCUUGCAGGACAAGCUGCUGAAGGACACCGUACUGAGGCAACAUGUGGAGCAGUGCUGGGUGGUGCCCAAGUCGGAGAUCGAGCGACUACUCGCUCAGCCGUACGGCAGCUACGUGGUGGAGCGCGUUUAAAAUCGCCUGGCACAUGCGUAACUCAGGUCCAAGUAGACGUCUUUGC